UGCUGGAGAGCUCCCCUGCGAUCACCCACGAUUGUAGCUCCUUCGUCAGACUCCCCCGAGCUCCUUGCUUCCUUCAUCCCACGACACGAUUUUAAGACUCACCCACCGCCGGCGAUUUGAAAACCCUCCACGCCGGCGACUUGAAGCCCCUUACACCGGCGACUCGAACCCUCCACGCUGGCGACUUUGACUUCAAACUCACAAAAACCUCAUCGGCAUUGAAGCAGACAUAGCCAAUGGAGAAUAACGAAAUCCCAGAAAACGCCAAUGAAAAUUGCCCAGGUCCUCAGUCGGAGUCGGCGGGGAAAUCCGAUGCCUGUCAAGGAUGUCCUAACCAAUCAAUUUGUGCUACUGCACCUAAAGGCCCUGACCCAGACCUGGUUUCAAUAGCAGAACGAAUGGCAACGGUUAAGCACAAGAUUCUUGUUCUAUCAGGUAAGGGUGGGGUUGGAAAGAGCACGUUCUCUGCUCAGCUUGCAUUUGCGCUAGCUGCCAUGGACUUUCAGGUGGGUCUCCUUGAUAUUGAUAUUUGUGGCCCGAGUAUCCCGAAGAUGCUCGGUCUAGAAGGUCAAGAUGUGCAUCAAAGUAACCUUGGAUGGUCCCCUGUUUACAUAGAGUCCAACCUUGGAGUUAUGUCGAUUGGUUUCAUGCUCCCUAACCCUGACGAAGCGGUCAUUUGGAGAGGCCCUCGAAAAAAUGGACUCAUCAAGCAGUUCCUAAAGGAUGUGUAUUGGGGAGAACUUGAUUUUCUGGUUGUUGAUGCUCCUCCAGGGACUUCAGACGAGCACAUAUCAAUUGUACAAUGCCUUGAGGCUAGUGGAAUUGACGGUGCAAUCAUCGUCACCACACCACAACAAGUGUCUCUCAUCGACGUGCGAAAAGAAGUGAGUUUCUGCAAAAAAGUAGGUGUAAAAGUUCUCGGAGUUGUAGAGAACAUGAGCAGCUUGUGUCAACCACUUUUAGAUAUGAAGUUUCUGAAGACGACAGAAGCAGGAGAGCAGACAGACGUAACGGAAUGGGUGGCAGAGUACAUACGGGAAAAAGCACCAGAGCUACUAAACGUGAUUUCUUGUAGUGAAGUGUUCGAUAGUAGCGGGGGUGGUGCUGCGAAUAUGUGUAGGGAGAUGGAUGUGCCAUUUCUAGGGAAGGUACCAUUGGAUCCACAGCUUUGCAAAGCAGCUGAAGAAGGAAGGUCCUGUUUCGGUGACCAAAAAUGUGGGGUAAGUGCCUCAGCUCUGAAGAAGAUUAUAGAGAAGUUGAUACAAAAUCAAGGGUUUUCAACAAUGUCAAUAGAUGAUAAAGCGUAGGACAGCCCCUUUUUCUUUUUCUUUCUUUUUUUUUUUUUGAGAAGCGUAAUAUAUAUAUGUUUUUUUAUCUUUUUUAUUUAAUGUGGUCGUGCAAUUAUUUCAUAGACUAUAUGUUUAUUCUCUUUUGCCCUCGCAAAUCAUAGGGUUAUUUCUCUUAGCUUGUAAGAUAUCAUAAUAUAAUCUCUCUUCCAUCACUCUUUCACAAAACUUUGUUGUAUUUUCCUCUGUUCAAAACACACCUUUGAAUA